GGUCCAGAUCAAACGAUGAGCACAUCCAUCAUUGAUCUCAAACGUGCUGUAACCAAACCUCUUUCGCUCGCAAUAACUCUGCAACCAAAACUUUCUUUUCCUUCAUUCUUCCAUCCUUCGAAACGACAAACGUUUCAAUCUCCACACACAAAAAAAAUUCUCUGAAGAGAAAAUGUGUUACGGUCAUCACCGACGAUCUCUCUCACCGGACCGUCCGCCGCGGAACAACAACAACAACGCAUUGGUGGUGGAUACGCUCCGAGUCCGGUUAGCCGAGACGGAGGCUCGACUCGAACGAGCCAGGGCUCGAGAAGCCGAACUCACUCGCCGACUCGAGGAAAUGAAGCGUUUCGUUUCCGUCAUGGAGAUCCUCGAAUCUUACCUCAAACAACGGUUCCGCGAGCAGCAAGAAUACGUGGCGCGCUUCUUCUCUUCGCUUCCUGCUAAAUGAAAAACAAAAGAAACAGCUUUUCCUUCGGCGAUUUUAACAAAAAUACCUUUUUGUUAAUAUUUCCUUUUAGAAUAUUUUGUUGUUGGUGGUGAUGAUGUUGUUUUGUGAGUGUUGAUCAUGUUUGAUAGAUAGAAGGAAUUACAUUUUAACUGAUUUGAAAUUGUAAAAGGUUUCUGUUUCUAGCUCUUAGGGUUUGGGGAGCUCAAAAAUUUGUUGGUAUUUUACGGAAAAUAGUUAUAUUACUCCUUUCUUGUGUUAAA